AUUGUGUUUGAAGAACGGCAAUUGAAAUAAAAAUAUUACAUCAUUUUAAAUAAAAAAUAAGAUAUGAUAAUCCUAAAUGUAUAAAUAAGUAAAUCGAGUCUUUUACCAACUUAAAUGGCUUUGUACAAUCUUUAUAAUCAUGAUGUGGUAAUUCAGUACAAAAGUAAUCUACUGUCCAAAGCGACUCUAUUUACGAUUAUUACUAGUCUAUUAAAUAUAAUUCUACCACUCGUUAUUGCAUAUAGAAGUAGAGGGUUUUGGUUAAAAUCUUACUAUUACUAUGAACAAGCUCAAGUACGUCCAACAUAUGAAUAUUUACUAGUUGCCGAGACUGACGAACCCAAUAUAAAUAUCAUUUGUGGUCAAGCAGCUGCACUUGGCACAGAAAUGGACGAUGGGGAAAAUUGUGUUGAGAUUCAAAUUCAAGAGCAUGGUCAUGAAGAUAGUGUGAAAAAUGAUAUCAUAGAGUAUAAUUUCAAACUUUAUAUACCAGAGAGAAGAAUAAUUACUUCAUUAAUUUUAUUACUAGGAGUAGAUUACCAGUUUGUGGAUAUUUGCCCACUUCAAAUGCAAGCUUUAGCAGUUAUUAACAAAGAAUUUCCUACAACACCAAGUGGAUUUAAGUAUUAUGGUGACAUCCACCUGUAUCAAACAUCUCAUUUACCAUGUUUAAGAAAUGUCUUAGACAUAAGAUACAAUAGAUCUUUAUUUAAUUACACCAGUGACAAUAAUCUUAAUGUGAUUGAUCUCAUCAUGGAGGAAAACUUAAAGAGAGAAGUUUCAACUCACAUUACAACAAUAUACUCAAGAGUACAAAACGGCAACACGGGCACAAUAGAUGUCAACAUCAUGUUGAGAAUUCCAGAAACACAAAUAAAAUACAAACCGAGUGUUAUUCAAGAACUGAAAUGGGCCUGGCCGCAAUAUCUCUCCCUAUACAUAAUCUUCUACUGGAUGUUUAAAAAAUUGAGGAGAUUCAUUUUCAUUAAUAGAUUAUUAAUGGCAUGGGAAAUUGUGCCAUGGAAGAGGAAAGAGAAAUUUAUAUAA